CAUCCAAGUUGUCUCAACUUUCCCAAGCUAAAAUCAUCAAAGUAAAUUCACACUCGAAUUGCAACGAUGUCUGCUGCCGCUGCUCCAGUUGCUGCAACUCCGGUUGUAAAGAAGGUCAAGAAGGUCAAACUGGCUUCUCAUCCCCCAGCGAAUGUCAUGGUAGUGGAAGCCGUGAGCAAGCUGAACGAGAAGAAAGGGUCUUCCCUCGCCGCCAUAAAAAAAUUCAUUGGUGGAUUUUACACCGUGGACGUCGAAAAAUUGGCUCCCUUCAUCCGAAAGGCUCUGAAGAAGCAGGUGGAGGCUGGUAAAUUAACCCAGACCAAGGGGUCCGGUGCGAGUGGGUCCUUCAAGUUGGCUGUUAAGAAGACUGCUGCAGCCGGAGAGAAGAAGGCCAAGUCACCGAAAAAAAACACCAAAAACCCCAAGAAAACUGCCUCCCCCAAAAAGAAGAAAGUAGCGGGGUCUCCAAAAACAAAGGCACCUAAGAAACCAGCAGCACCGAAGAAGGUGAAAGUUGCCAAAACUCCAAAGUCUCCCAAGAAGACUAAGCCAGCGGCGAAAAAGGCAGCCACCCCCAAGAAGCCGAAGACCAUGAAGGUCAAGGCUCAAGCAAAACCAAAGGUUGCUUCCAAGAAAGCAGCGCCCAAAAAGAAGUAAAUACGUCCAUUGUAUUUCUUCUUCGUCAACUUUUCUAUACUUUCUUUCAUAACCCAACGGCCCUUUUAAG